AUGGCUCUCUCCUCGGAAGCAUCCAAAUCUCAAAUGAUGGCAAUCCGUGCACAAAUGAACAGUCCGUAUGGCGUUUUUGUUUCAUCCAACAAUGAGGUGUAUAUUGCAGAUUACUAUAACCAUCGGAUUAGAAAAAUUAUGAAAACUGGAAUGAUCACAACCAUUGCAGGAAAUGGAACGAAUGGAUACAAUGAUGAUAAUCAAAUGGCAACAGAUGCACAACUCAAUUAUCCAAAGAGUGUAUUUGUUUCAUCCAACAACGAAGUUUAUAUUGCAGAUAGCAGUAAUCAUAGAAUUAGAAAAAUUAUGAAAACUGGAAUGAUUACAACCAUUGCAGGAAAUGGAACUCGAGGAUACAAUGAUGAUAAUCAGUUGGCAACAAAUGCUCAACUCAAUCAUCCAUACAAUGUUUUUGUUUCAUCCAAUAAUGAGGUUUAUAUUGCAGAUAGCAGCAAUCAUAGAGUUAGAAAAAUAACGACAAAUGGAAUGAUCACAACCAUUGCAGGAAAUGGAAUUGGUGGAUAUAAUGGUGAUAAUCAAUUGGCAACAAGUGCUCAACUCAAUAAUCCAUCCAGUGUUUUUGUUUCAUCCAAUAAUGAAAUUUAUAUUGCUGAUUGCUUUAAUAAUAGAGUUAGAAAAAUAAUGACAAACGGAAUGAUCACAACCAUUGCAGGAAAUGGAACUCGAGGAUAUAACGGAGACAAUCAGUUGGCAACAAAUGCUGAACUCGCUUUUCCAUCCAGCGUUUUUAUUUCAUCCAAUAAUGAAGUUUAUAUUGCAGAUUCCUUAAAUCAUAGAAUUAGAAAAAUUAUGAAAAAUGGAAUGAUUACAACCAUUGCAGGAAAUGGAACUGGUGGAUAUAAUGGUGAUAAUCAAUUAGCAACAAGUGCUCAACUCAACCAUCCAUCCAGUGUUUUUAUUUCAUCCAAUAAUGAAUUUUAUAUUGCAGAUAGAGAUAAUCAUAGAAUUAGAAAAAUAAUGACAAAUGGAAUGAUCACAACCUUUGCAGGAAAUGGAGGUCGAGGAUACAAUGGAGAUAGUCCCUAUCAAUCAUCCCUUUCACGUUUCUCACCUUUCAUUUCACACAUUUCGAAACAUGAAAGAGACAUGAUUCCCAACACCAAACUCAUUGUUUUUCAACCACUUUUUGAAAAACUUUGUCCUCAUUUUCAUUCCAUCAUUUUGAAAGAUUUGAAUUUGCUGUUCUCCAUGACUUGUCAUGAACAUGAAUUGAUUCAACAUGUCAUUGAUUUUGUUUUAUACGAUCCAGAUAAGAUUGAGGAACCUACAAUUACUUCUUACGUUAUUGAAUACUUGUACAUUUUGGGUCUUGUUCAAGGUGAAUUUAUAGAAUUGAAAAAUUAUUUUAUUUCAGUGUUAAUAGGGUACCACAUUACAUCUAACAAUGUCAUUGAUACAUUAUUGAUGAUUGAACAAUACUUGACAAAGCAACCCUCUCAUUCCAUCAUGCUCAAGUUGAAGAAUUAUUGUUUGGAAUUUAUUCAAAUCAAAUUAAGGGAAGGACAUUGUUGCAUCAUACGAGAUCCAAGAUGUAUUCCUUAUUAUGUUGAAAUUCUAGAAAAAUGUUUAAUUACAAAGAUAUCUCCCAUCGUUCUUGAAGACUCAAUUGAAAAUGCAAUACCACCAGACAAAAUCAUCAAGUCAUUGUGGAAUGACAAACGUACAAGUGACAUUCGAAUCAAACUCUCACACAAGAACAACAAUUCAUUUAUUUAUUCUCACCGAACCAUCUUGAGUUCUCGUGGAAAACUUUUUGAAGCCAUGUUUAACAGUGGAUAUCAAUUGGAAGAUCUGAAAUAUGAUGAAAAAGAUGAAAUUUUGACACUCAUUCCUACAACACCUCAAGAUGCAAUUAAUUUGGAAUAUAUUGUCAAAUAUUGUUAUGAUCAAUUGGAACAAAUUGAACCGGAACAUGCCAUUUCACUCAUCUUGACAGCUUCAGCAAAUGAAAUGUCAGAAUUAGUGUCUCUUGCAUUCAAAUCCAUUCAAAUCGAUUGCAAUAAUUAUUUUGGAAUUGCCAAUUCAUUGGAUUUUGAAAAUAAUUUAUUUUCAGAAGUGAUUCAAAUCAUGAUUGAUUUUGGAGUGAAUAACAGACAUGAAUUAUUCAAGGAAAAUUCUGAUCUUGAUCAAUUACCUGCUUCUCUUUCACACAAAUUGUUGAUCGAGUUUGAAAAUAAUGAUUGUAAGUCCAAAGUGGGCUAA